AUGGUAUCUUUCAAGCUUGCAACACUCGCCGCUGCGGCCCUCAGUGCGGUCAAUGUGCUCGCGCAAGCAUCAGAGGAACCGGUUGAGCAGGUCGUCGCCGACGGAGAUCAGCAGCCCCUCAAGGUGACAUUCAACGUGUCAUUCCCAGACGCCGAGAUGUUUGGGGUGAAGCUGGUCAAUGGCCGUCCGACGCGCACUCUCAUCACCAUCACGAACAACGAGGCCACCGACAUCAACGUCCUGGCUGCUACGGGAGGCCUCUACAGCCCGCUCAACACUGCAGGCGCACCAGAUCCUCCUCAGAGCGUCCGCAACUUCACCUCUGCCAAAUACGGCAAGACCAUUGCCCCGGGCACUGCAGAGACUCUGACGUACGCGUAUGCUACUGUUAUGCAGCCUCAAGAUGUCCUGUUGGAGCUCAGGGCCGUCGUCUCGCGAGGUCAGAACCUGUUCACGUCUACCGUCUUCCGGGAGAACGUAUCCGUGGUCGAGGCACCCACCUCGUUUCUGGACCCUCAGAUCAUCUUCCUGUACCUCGUCGUCCUCGCUGCCUUCGGUGGCACUAUCUACUUCAUCUACAGCACCUGGAUCACCACUCUCUUCCCACAACAGAAGCGCGGCGGCAAAGGCGGAGAGCGUGCAAAGCGUUCUAGCGGUGGCUCGAAGCCAGUUGAUCCAAGCGAACAAAUUGCCGUGGUGGGUGCCGAUGGUCCAGCUGUCACUUCUAGCGCUCAAAUGGGCUACGAUGAGAGCUGGAUCCCAGCUACACAUCUCCAGCGACCACAGGCGAAGAGAGUUGGUAGCGGUCGACCAAAGAGCAGGGCAGCAUAG